AUGUACAGGAAGAUACCAAAUAGCUCUACGAGUCUGAGCCCUGCAGAGAUGAUGUUUAAGAGAUUGUAUAGAACAAGGAUAGAUUUAGUGAAAAGGGAAGAUACAGGAAAGAAAUUCAAGAAUGGGAAUAUAAAAGUAACCAAAGAAUUUAACAGAGGAGACAGAGUAUAUGACAGCAAUAAAUGGAAAUUUGGAAAGAUUAUGAACAGAAGAGAAAAACUACAUUAUGAGCUAACUUCUAAACUUCUGCAAGAAGCCAUACCUACUGAGAACAACCAUAAAAUGAAGGAAGCUCCAGAAUCCAGUCCAGUAAAGAUGAAAACUUCACUUCUUUUACAAAUUCCUGUAAAGGAGUAUCUGCCGGUGCAAAAACAACCGGAACAAGAACCGCCGCAACCUACAUUACCUGGAUACACCUGA